AUGGAGCUGUCCACGGUGCUAGUGCUGAUCGCAGCUGGGUGGGCCGUUUGUCUGGCUUCACCUAUCCGGGUCAAUCCGGACUCUGACAGCGACUCAAAACGUGACGGCAGAACUGUAUUUGAACGCAUAGAAGCUCUAAAUAAAGGUAUCUCCAAGCCGCUAAGAGACGGAGACAUUGCCUACAAUAUCGUGCGCAGCACCACCAAAUGUGACGGCUGUUUGUGGGAUAUCUCACAGAACGGGAUGGUUUACGUCCCUUAUGUUCUUUCCUCUGCAUAUUCUAAUAUAGACAAAUGGCUGAUUACAGACGCCAUCAAGGAGUUUGAAACAAUGACCUGCGUGAAGUUUGUCAGCAGAAGCUCAGAAGCCGACUAUCUCAGUAUAGAGUCUUUACCUGGGUGUUGGUCGUAUGUUUCCAAGAUUGGUGGCAAACAGGUUGUGAGCCUGGAUAAGGCCGGGUGCAUGAAUCCUGGCGUCAUCCAGCAUGAACUGAUGCACACGCUGGGCUUCAUUCAUGAGCACUCCAGGAGCGACAGGAAUAACUACAUAGAUAUCUUGUGGCAAAACAUUCUUCCAGUAAAUCAGCCCAACUUUCAGAUUAGAGAUUCCAACAAUUUGGAUCUUCCCUAUGACUACGGCUCAAUAAUGCACUACCCAAGCACUGCUUAUUCCAACCCCUCUGGAACAAACACAAUAGUUCCAAAACCUGACCCCAAGGUGCCCAUCGGACAGACGCUUGGAAUGAGCCACCUUGAUGUGAUGAAGAUUAACAAACUCUAUAAGUGCAAUCUUUGCCGGACAAAGUUCACAGACCCUUCAGGAUCUUUCUCCGCUGAUGGUCUUUCCUUCGGACAGGACGGCAGCUGUCUUUGGUUGAUUCAAACUCAAAAUAACAAGGUUAAUAAGAAACUGUAUAAAACUCUGAUCUCACAGAGCCCCAAGCGAAAAAUUUCUCUGCAGCUCAGUGGCAUCAACAUCCCUCUUUCUGUCGGCUGUAAUGAAAGCUACAUUAAGGUAUAUGAUGGCGGAUAUAAAUCUGAUGAGGUUCUUCUGAGUAAUACCUGUGGAUUUGAGAUGAUCCCACCUUUGAUUUCAUCUACAAACGUGAUGUUGGUGGAGCUUGUGAGCAGCCAGAAGCCGGCUUUAAGCACAUUCAGUGCCACCUAUAAAACCGUUACCUAUGGAGAGACCUUCAUCAAUGAUAACGGGGUUGUGAUUUCUCCGUGGGUCAGAGGGUAUUACCCCAACAAUGUGGAUGCUGUAUAUUCCAUCAUAGCCCCGCAGGGAUAUAAGGUGUCCCUGACCUUCUCUUACUUCUAUAUGGAGGAUUCCAUAAACUGUUCCAAAGACUACCUGAGUGUCACGGAUGGAGCCGCUACGAUUGCCCCAGCCCUGGGCAAAUUCUGUGGGAUGAAGUUUCCUCCGGCUUUGGUGUCUUCUGGGAAUGUAAUGUUAUUGCAGUUUCACAGCGAUGACCAGAAUAACUCCUAUGGAUACAUGGCGUCCUAUGACUUUGGGGGCAACAUGCAGACCACGGAGGAGGAUGGGUUAAUGUGGCUGCACCUACUUUACACUCUUUUGGUUUAUAUGAACGAUUCAGGCCUCAUUAUAUGGAGAGACGGCUCUGCUUGA